CUAUUCCCUAAAACUAUGUGAAUGUCUUCAUAGGACAGACGGCUACAGUAGGUCUUUGGCCAUAAGUGUGCUGCUCCCAGCUGAAGGAAAGAUAAAGGGGUGCGUGAAAUCUGUUUGCAUUAGUCUCGUGUUAUCCAGACCCGAUGCUCAUAAAGCUGUUUAAACAGAAUCUCAGCAGCGUGAGCCGAGAAUACAGCCGUGCGAUUCUUCCGUGCCUCUUAGAACAGGAACAUUAACCCAGUGAGUGCUCCACUCAACUAGGUCGCCUCUGCCUUCUCAACAACAGUCAUGCCCUACCUCACAGUGUGCAACCGGCAGCUCAGCUGGACUCUGCCCCUGGUGCUGGGGUACCUCUUCUACCUCCUCCUGGGGGCCUUGGUGUUUCAGCUGCUGGAAAAGCAGGCAGAAGCCAAGACUCGGGACCAGUUCCAAAUGGAGAAACUCAAGUUCCUGCAGAACUACACGUGCUUGGAUCGACAAGCCCUGGAGCAGUUUGUGCAGGUCAUUAUGGAAGCCUGGGAGAAAGGUGUCAACCCUGAAGGGAACUCCACCAACCCCAGCAACUGGGACUUCAGCAACAGCUUCUUCUUUGCUGGAACGGUGGUUACCACCGUAGGUUAUGGGAAUUUGGCCCCCAGCACAGUCCCAGGGCAGGUCUUCUGUGUGUUCUAUGCCUUGUUUGGAGUUCCCCUUAAUCUGGCAUUUCUCAAUCAGCUGGGGAAAGGGCUCACCAUUCACCUGAUGAACUUGGAGAGAUGGGUCCACAAGCCAGGCCGAGCUCAGGUGGUUCAGACUCUGACAAUGGGAUUCUUCUUGAUGGUUGGGACUUUGCUUUUUCUGGUUUUCCCACCCAUGAUCUUCAGUUACGUGGAAGGCUGGAGUUAUGGAGAAGGCUUCUACUUCACCUUCAUCACCCUCAGCACCAUCGGAUUUGGAGACUAUGUAGUAGGCACAGAUCCUAAUAAGCAUUAUAUAUCAGUGUACAGAAGUCUGGCAGCAAUCUGGAUUAUUUUUGGCUUAGUCUGGCUCGCUCUGAUCUUUAAUCUGGGAGCUGACCUGAUGGAGAAAUUCCUACAACUUAAUUGGCAGAAGUCUGGCCCAGGCACUGCAGAGACAGCUGUCACCAAAUUAGAGGAUAACCCUGAUCAACCCAGGAUCCAUAUCCCUAGCUGAGAGUGACUUAUGGAUAAGCAACACAAAAAACCUACAACUCCCUUGUCCUCUCCCUUAUGCCUGCAAAGUGAUGUUUGUGGGCAAGACAUCUUGCAUCAAAUACUGUACAUAAUGAGUGGGUCACUUCGUAAGGGAAAGGAGAUUUUUUUGUAACAGAAGAAACACUUUGACAAUAUGUACUGCAAACAGCCCAAUGAAGCCCUUGGAGGAAAACGAACUGAAAGUGUCAAUGCCACAUGUUUUCCACACAUCUGAUUCCUUCAGCAAAUAUACAGUCUACCAUUAGACCACAUCAUCUUGUUUAAUUCAAUUCAGCAUUUGGGCUGAUGGAUACCACUGUUUCCAGCAGGACCAAACCAGCUGAUACUACCAAGGUUGCAACACACCAUUUGUAGAGAUUCAUUUUUCCUCCAAAACUGAUAUCAAGACAAACAAGGGAGAGUCACUGCUGUCUGCUUCUGU